AUGGGCAUUCCGGAGGGAGAGAUGGGGGAGAUUAUUAUGUUCCUGGCACGUCAAAAUGGUUUAGAUCUGAUCGAUGAAGAUGCGGCAGCUGUCAUUUACGAGGUCAAUAUGGUCCUCAAAGCUUGCAAGACAUACCAGCGCCCUGCCAGAGGUGCUUCGCGUCGGAAUUGGUGGGACGACUCCGACUCGACGCUCUUCAGUCAUCGUCUUAGUCGGCAAGAAAAAGCAUUCUUCGAGUGCUGGAGAAGCUACCCCACCCGAACGUUGGCGAGGUCAUCGAUAUAG